CACACACACAGAGACACAGAUAUGCAUACCUUCACACUAAUAUGAGGAAACAAUCUUCAGUUAUUUCCACAACUUCUUAAGGGAGAACAAGCCUUUUUUGAGCAGUAAUAGAUCAGUACCAGAAUACUAAUGUUUUUAGGAAAUUAGUGCAUGAAGAAAACUGAACUAUACUGCAGGAAUUACAUCCUGAAGAGAUUAUUAGAAAUACCUAUGACUUCAAGGUUCUGCAGCAAGAAGACAACGCAGUGAGUUAAUAAAUGCCAGUGCUUGGCGUUUUGUAAGGUGAAAAUUGAAACAGUUUGUGAAAUUGUAAAGAAUAUACUUUUAACAUCAUUUACCACUGAGCACCUGGAAGUUAUUUCACAGCAAAGAUGAAGCCAGACACAAUGACCAUGACAGCACUGGACAGCAAACAAGAUACGGUGUGUAUCUUUGGCACGGGAGAUUUUGGCCGAUCUUUGGGUCUUCGCUUGCUUCAUGCAGGAUAUAAUGUUGUCUACGGAUCCCGAAACCCCAAAAAUUCUGCUCUGUUGCCCAAGGGGGCAAAGGUAAUGCCACAUGAGGAGGCAUCUCGAACAGCGAGGGUGAUAUUUGUGGCUAUUCAUCGAGAGAACUAUGACUUUCUGGCCAGUCUGAGCCCAGCUCUUGAAGGAAAGGUCCUGGUGGACAUCAGUAAUAAUCUGAAGAAGCAUCAGUACACAGAAUCUAAUGCUGAGUAUCUGAGCAUGCUGGUACCUGGGGCACUUGUAGUCAAAGCCUUCAACACCAUCUCAGCCUGGUCACUGCAAUCAGGGGGGCUGGAUGCCAACAGACAGGUAUUGAUUUGUGGAAACCACGUGGAUGCCAAGCAGGUAGUAGUGGACAUAGCCCACAGUUUGGGUCUUAACGCAGUGGACCGAGGCUCCCUGAGAGUGGCGUCUGAGCUGGAGGAUCUCCCUCUUCAACUCUUUCCUCUUUGGAGGCUUCCUUUACGUAUCAGUGCUGGACUCCUUGGAGCCUUCUUCCUCUAUGUUCUAAUUCGGGAUGUUGUCUACGCACGGGUUGUUGACAACAAAGACAAUUCCUUUCGCAUCAUGGUCUCACUGGCUAAUAAGGUGUUUCCUAUGGUCGCACUGGUGAUGCUGGCACUGUGCUAUCUACCUGGUAUCAUUGCUGCUUUCCUGCAGCUCUACAAUGGCACUAAAUACCGCCGUUUUCCUGACUGGCUGGAUCAUUGGAUGUUGUGCAGGAAGCAGCUGGGACUUCUGGCACUGGCUUUUGCUUUUCUGCACGUGCUGUACACCCUGGUGAUCCCUAUCAGAUACUUCGUUUUCUAUAAAAGGGCCAACAUUUAUAUAUCACUGAUUAAAGAGAAUAAAACAUACGAGUUCAAGGAAAUGUGGGCCUGGCGCUCCGAUGCCUACUUGUCCACGGGAAUGCUGGGAUUUGCACUGUUUGUUUUACUAGGAAUCACAUCGCUCCCUUCUGUCAGCAACUCUCUCAACUGGAGAGAAUUCAGAUUUAUACAGUCUAAACUAGGCUAUUUGGCGUUGCUGCUGUGCACUGCUCACGUCUUCCUGUAUGGAUGGGACAAUUUCCUGUACAUGUCAGCCUACAAAUGGUGUAUGCCAUCAAGCUAUAUGCUGUCUCUGGUGGUUCCCUGCAUUGUUUUGGUUUUUAAAACAGUCUUAAUUAUGCCAUGCGUAGACCGUACUAUCACUCGCAUACGCCAGGGAUGGGAGAGACCAGGCAAAGCUGGGAUGGGCAAAGAUGCGAAAAACAGCCAGCCACUCAUUCUAUAAACAAUGUUUAAUAUGCUUCAUGGCAUGAGUUUCCCAGAUUACCAAGUUUGGCAUGACAUUGGCAUUCCUGUUGAAGCGAUUCUGCCAGCUUUGACAAACUCUUUACUUAUCUUUAAAACACUUUAAAGAAAAGCUAUACUGAUAAAAUAUAAGAUUUAAAUAUGUUUUUAUGUUAAUGCUAAUGUAGAGAUGCACAAUGUAUUCAUCUAUAUACAGUAAUUAGCAAAAAUAUUAAAAGCUGCAGCAUGCAUUUUUAAGAUUAGUGCUGUUAAAGGAAAAUUAAUGACAGGGUGGUGAUACUUAUUCUGAUGCAGAGUGGAGUCAAAAGAAUGUUGAUUAUUUUUAAUUUGAUAACAGAUUUAUUUUCUUAUACCACAGCAAGUAAAGAAUGAUGUUGAGAAGAAAUAAUGAACUUUUUAUCCAUUUAUAGUUAUGUUUAACAAGUUAGUUUGUGCUAUCAUUUACAUUAUAAUUUCACGCUCUCUAGCCUCUCUUUUAAAAUUUCUCUUGAAGUUAAUGAGACAAAAAAAGUGCAUGCCACAUUACUGAAAAGCCUUGUCCUGAAGAUUUUGCCGUGGUGGAAAUCUAAAUUUAUAGCUUUAUCUUGGUCAGUUACAAAACACUGACACUGGAGAUUCCUUCCAAAAAUGCUCAAUGAACAUCUAUUCACAACAAAAUUUAUGUGGAGCAUAAACAACGUCUUUGGAUAAGUUGUUACAAUAGAAACAACAUAUUAUUAAUAUAAUUAAACAGGUGAUAUUAAAUAACAGGUCAUAUUAAAACAGGUGUAUUGAUAUAAAUCUUGCAGCUGUAGAUACUUCUUACCAGAACUGAGCAUUCAACAGUGCUGCGGUAUAAAGUAUUUUUUAUUUAAUCAGGCAUAAAACAUCAUUAAUCUGGAUUUGUUGGUUCUUCAAAUACAAGGUCCUUUCAGCUGCCUAGAAAUUUCAGUUUGUUGUGCAAUAAACAACUGUUAUCUGUAUAGUUCUGUAGUGUACUUUUUUCUUAAUUCCCAAUGUUCCUGAGCUAUUUUUUCCACAAAGGUCUCCCAGCGGCUCCUCCUCUUAGUGUGUUAUUGAUCUAGCUGUGGACCUCCUGUUUUGUGUGUUUGCUACCUGUCUUCAGAGAGACUUUCUUCAUUCACACUCCUGAAAAUAGCUAAAUCCAGGUCAGUCUAUCUAAAUAAAACUUUAACAAAACAUUCCAAGCUUGUAUUUAGACCUCUUAUUAACCAAGUUUCAUAAUUAAGUACUUAACUUAUUCAAUGUAAUUCAACUUAAUUCAAUUCAGUUCAUCUAUCUGGCUUUUAGAGCUGCAGAAGUCACUUGACAUUUCCUAGAUCCUACUCUCAUAGAAAAUGGAUUCUUCAAAAUGUUCUUUGUAUAGAUAAAAGUUCCUAUUAACAUUUCUAGUUACUACAGGAAAUCUUUCUGAUUGUACCGAUCUUCACGUUUUUUAUUUUUUAUUUAAUUACAUCAUAUACCUUUUUAUGAAUAUUACUACUUUAUGGUUUGAAAGAGUGAGCAAAGUGUCCAUGCAUAGGAAUACCAUUCUAUAUAUAGAAAUUGUAAUUACAUGGAAUGUCUUUUACAGUGAUGAAAUGAGACCUUUCAGCUGUACUCAUGUUCGAUGCAUGUGAAUUGAAGAGGGCAUUAAACUGAACAGCAAUAAAUUGGCUGUCCAUAAGUGUUGGUGUUAUGUAUGCAAAGGUUAAGGGUUCCCCCAGAGGAUCAAGCUGAAGGGUUCCACAUUUUUCCGUUUUUAACAUGUUGUCAAUUAUACACCCAUAUGAUUUUUUCAAUGUACUUUAUUCAUUCAUGCUCAGUAAACUGGAUAACAUGUUCUUCACAAUGUAUUGCACAUUAUCACAAUUAAUGAAGCAUUUGUUAUUCAUCUUCACAUAACAUAUAUCCAAUAAAGGUCUCUAGUUUUACCAUUUACCUAUAUACAGUAUAUAUGUAAAUUGUUUAUCAGUUCUCUACACUUAGUUCACAAUACUGUUGUGAAUAUGCAAACUCUAAGAGCUCUGCUUGAAACUACAGAUAAUUUCUAUUUGUUUUUCAUUAAACUCCAGUAAGCUAG